CGGCAUCCACAGAACAUAACCGCCAUUUUGGUCCGGCAAUUCAUUUGACAUAAACCGAAACUAUACGCCUGAAAUAAAGAAAAUGUACCUACGUAUACAGGUGGCAGCACUGUUGACGAUCAUCUACUUCAUGUACCAAUACAAGGACAUGCUGUUCAAAGUGAAGGAGGAGGAUGAGGAGCCCCGCUGCAGGCACUCGACUCGCCUGUCGAGGUCCCGCUCUAGGUCGUGUUCUAGGUCCAGAUCAAAAACCAGAGCGAGUUAUCCUAUAACUGAAAAAAAUGGCCGUCGGGGUCGACGACCGACGCGCCGAUGCCCUGACUGUAGUCUAUGUAACAUGGAACAAUAGAGCAUAGACUUGUAGCGAUUAGUACCAUUUGCAAGUGGAGCAUUGUGCCGUAUUAAAUGGAAAAUAUUAUGAUUUAAAUUUUAACGAUUGGUUAUGUACUUUUGCGAAUAUUUAUUGAAAUUAUAUUAUAUUU